GUGUAGGUUAGCCUUGGAUGACACCGCUGAAGCAGGUUGGCGCCCACCCAGUAGCUCUUACGUCCUCUCGGGCAGUGGACGCAUCUUCUUGUGCUGUGCUUGGUGUAGGUGUAACCAUGAAGAUUCUAAUUGCAAUGCUGGCAACUGCAAUGUUGGCUGGACCAAUCUGCUCACAGAACUGGGAAGUCAUCAUGAAGCACAAGAGACAAAAUCCCCUGUUAGCUGUUCUUGGUGGAUUUAGUCGCAGAAUGGCCAAGGCGAACAACGGUGCUUUCCUCUUCCAGAAUAUUCAACACGGCGGAGGACCUCAGACCCAGGAUGUACUGCAAGAAUCCAGUAACAACGACACAGUGCACCAGGAGGUUAUGCAGAAUCCCUCGCUUUAUGUCGGAGGAAACGGCGCUAAGCCCCUCCAGAGUCAACGAGUCCACCAACAGGCUUCCGGCCAUUACGUAGUUCAGAACGUGGUCCAGGGGCCUUCCAUCCAUAUCCCGAACUUCAAACUACCAGACGUUCACUUUAACCAUCACCACGGCAAGUGCAGCGAUUAACAGGCGAUCCUUAGGCACAAGGAAAACAGCGAAAGGAAGAAACGGUGGGCGAAGAUAGGCGAGGACGAGUGAUAGAUAGAUUUUGAAUAUUUUUGUUUUUAUCAUUAUUUGUUUAUUUUAUAUUUAGAGUUAUUAUAAGCAUUAUUACUAUUAUUAUUAUUAUUAUUUAUGUUAUUAUUAUUACUACUAUUAGAAGUAGUAGUAUCCUUAUUAGUAGUAGUAGUAUUACUAUUACCAUUAUUAUCAGCGUUACUAUUGUUUCCAUUACAUUAUAUAUUUUACAUAUGUAACUUCAAUAUAUUAUUUUUUCUACUUAUAAACUGCAACAACUGUG